ACCGCCCAAAGUUGCGACUUCAAAAUUCAAAUGGCUCGGCACUCCGUCACACAGCCGCAGACUUUCCACUUUGCCGAUAAUUUGGAAAUCAAUGUCUGCAUUCGCGCAACAAACGAUAGAGGCCAUUUCUACUUGAAAUAAAUGUUGGGAAAUGUUUUUUUUAGAAGACAGAAACAUUUUGAGCAUUACGUUGCUAUUGUUGCUAUGACAACCAGACAGAUCGGUCGCAAGCAACAGACUCCAUACACAGGACAAUUAUAAAAAGCUUUCAGUCAUGCUGAACUUCCAAAUUAUUCCCACAAAACAGGACCUGCGGGAGGCGGCGGCUAUCGAAAGACGAAGACGCAAUGAAGAGCAACGAAAGUGCAGAAUCUUCAACGUGCGAAAUAGAGUCAUUGGAGUGGAUACUGAUGCACUCGGCGACCAAAUCAAGGAAAAGCACCGCAUUGCGGAAGAUGAGAGAAGGCGGCAGUUGGUCUUCGACCAACAAAGAGUUCGCGAUGACCAGCUGGCUAUAAUCACCGAGCGUCAAAUUCAAGAGGAAAAGAAACGACUCAACCAGGAGAUCAACUCGUUCCGACAAUACUACCAACGACCGGAGGACCGUAGGGAAUUCGACAUUUACGACCCAAACUCCCUGAAGAAAGAAAUCCCCGUUCGGAUCCAAGACGAUGACCCUCGAUGUGGAGUAUCUUCCGCUCAAAAGUUUGAGGGCGAGGACCUGGCCAAGCCGGAGCGGCGACGCCUGCAAACGGACCAGCAGCGCCAGUGGCUGCAGCAGCAGAUGCGCGAGCGGAGGCGCGCCGAGGAGGAGCGGAGGCGCGCCGAGGACGCGUACCAGGCCGCCAUGGUGGCCCGGGACGUGCGCGCUUGCCAGCUGGACCGCAUCGAGCAGGACUGCCGCCGCCGGCUGCAGCAGACGACCGAAGAGUACAACCGAGUCCUGGCGAGCGAGCAGGAGGCGGCACGUCGCAUGGAGGCUCGUCGCGACGCGGAGGACGCGCAGGCGGAGCAGUACAACCACCUGACGUCCGACAUGCUGACGGAGAACCCCGACUGCGCGGUGAGCGCGCUGGGCGCGCCGCACGUCGUGACCACGGCGUACCGCGGCAUGUCGGACGAGGAGCGCGCCGCCAUCCGGCGGGAGCAGCUGCGCCAGACGGAGGCCCGGAGGGUCGAGGAGGAGGCCCAGAAGCGCCAGCAGGCCGAGUGGGACGCGCUGGCCGUCAACAUCGCCAAGGCCAUGGAGCUGAAACAGAGGGAGCUGGACAGGAUGCAACGGGAUAUCAACAAGCGCAUCAUGGAGGACAACGUGAGACUGGAGGAGGAGCAGAAGGCUCAGCGCGAGUACUUCGAGAAGGUCGUGGACACCAACGUUCCCACGCCCACUUUCUUCGAAAUGUUCGGCACUUCGUCACGCUAGUAUUUCGACUCCACGGUUUUAUUUUCCCUGUCCUUUUCCCAAUAAGUGAAUUCUGUUAUGUGCCGAGGCCAAAUUACGAUAGUAGCUUUUGACAACACCCUGUGAUUUUUUUUAAAAAGCCAAUGAAUGUUGCAACUUUUAAAAUGGUGUUCUGAAUGAGCCCCGACAACUAACGUUUCCCCAAGGCGAAACGACGCGAGCAAACGCUAAACGCACGCUGAAGGCCUUAGCGCCUGCAAUGCGCAGGGUAGGCCAACCCGGCAAGCAGCCGUGUGGAGCCGGCGGCCCGCCCGGCGCCUGCGCGCCCAGGAGUGUACGCACGGCAACGCACGGGGGUUGUUACACUGUUGUACAGGCUCCUUGGGUCCACGUUGUCUGUAACAUUCCCCCGCACGACACAUCGAGCUCGAGCAACAUUCAUUGUGUAGGCACCUUGAGCACGCGAGCGAUCGGUGUUUUUAUGGGUCGCAUCUAGCGCCUGCCUACUAGGCAACCCUUCGGCACAGGGGUGUACGAAUGUGGCCGAGCCUCCAGUGCAGGUAGACGUAGAUGCAGCCCACCACGCACAGGUGUGUUCGUGGGAUUGUUUGUCUACCUUAUUCAUUAAGCAGCACUACGUAAUAGGUCCACCUGCCUGCAAACGUGUUUGAAUUGGACUGUGGAUUUCAGCUAUGUUUGUUAAAUGUAGACGUUUGAAAUGGGUUCUUCAACGAAGCACGUUGCACUGAUUUAUUUCUGCUGUGAUAUGUUGUUUAUAUUCCUCACUUUAUCUUCUUGAUUUUUUUUCUUACUCUCGAAAAAGUCACUCUUGUACAAAUAGAUUUAAGUUCACACAUUUAAGAUACUGUGGUUUUGCUGACCUUUUUUAAAAGGGGUAAGUGUACAAUUCGAGCGUGUGAAGAAAUACACAAUCUUUGAGUGUU